AUUAGGAAACUUGACGGAAGAAAAAGAAGUGACAGGAGAAUAAAAAAUGCUGACGAGAAGGAUUGUGACUCCCGUAAUCAAUUACUCUACGGAGUUUAGAGCUUACGAAGAUGAUGCAUGGUAUACGGUUUGCGUUUUGUUCCAUGGAGAUACUCUUACGGUGAAGUUCUUGGGUUUUCCUCCUGGAAACGACGUCGUGUUUCCGUUUUCAUAUUUUCAAAACUCGAAGGACCUCGAAGCCUUUAAGCGUCGUUUCAGACCCCUCUCCAAACAGCUUCAAGAUGAAGAGUGUGGUUUACUCACUCCUGGAACUAGGGUUUGUGCUUGUCAUUCCUUCAAUAAUGAAGACAUUCGCUUUUACGACGCCGUUGUCGAUGGGGUGCAAGAAAGUGAGCAUUCUUGGAAAACAGGAGAGGAAGAAUGCUUGUGUACUUUUAUACUUUUUUGGUUGCAUGGACCAAAUGCAAGAAAAUUGACUGCUACAUCAAUUGAGAACAUUUGUGUCGUUCCACCUAGAUGGGAGCUAGAUCCUGUAGUGGCUUCAUUUCUGGAUAAUUGUUCUUCUUUUUUAAUGCCAAAGGAAGCUUCUGGCUUUGGAAUGGUUCUGUAUUGCAACAACAGAUCUAACUCCGCUCGUCAAAUUACUUAUUUUGGACGAACGAUAAAGGAAACACAAUGUGCUAGGCGGUCUGUUGUCAAUGCAUGUUUACCUGAAGUCAGUUGUCUCAAACGAAGAAUGGAAGACAGGGAUCUUGGGGGACCGAAAAAUGUGUGUAUGAUAUUGAUUACAAAUAUGGAUAAGGAGUUAUGCCCAUCUACAGUUACAGAGUUCUUACGGAGACAUACUUCUCUAUCAGUCCUAGUCUUUAUUUUUCCAAAUUUGUCAAUGGAGGUAUAUAAUAGGGGAGCCAUUAUGGUGCAUUCUGAAAAAGAGUUGCAAGAGCUGUGUGGCUUUUUGAAUAAUCCCAACUGCAUCAUAAUAUCUUCAACUGGCAGGCCUUUGGUGAUACUUGAAAAACUAGUGGGAUUAGAAAAUAUUAAAGCAUCAAUAGGAGCCUUGGUGCAUAUAUCAGAGAAUAUAUUGCAGAAAAAACAGAGAAGAAGGAUGAACAAUUUGAAGGUUGUACGUUCAGGAAGUAAAGAAUUCAAGAUAGCUAGUACUAUGAGGGAUUUAUUUUGGGCAUUUUCUGAGCACCAAGAACGCUUACAAAAGAGGCUUGCACUUGAGGAGCGAAGGAUAUUUGCAGCUAAUGAACAAUUAGCUUAAAUGUUUGUCCUUCACUUCUUACUGUUUUUUGUGCUCAUGUAAAUACAACUACUGCAAGCCUAUGACCUACUUUUUCUUUUCUUCCAAAAUUGUUGGUAUUAAAACGUUAAGAAAAUGUUUUUUAAAGUUGAUUUUCAUAUUCUAAAACC